AUGAAGUUUGAACAUAAGAAGAAAUUCUCAGUGCAUUUAGAUAUUUCAUAACUUAAAUCUAAUUCUUAUUUAAACUAUCCUCUAUCUACUAAAAGAAAGAUUGAUAAUCCCUAAUCAACUAGAAAAUUGGACACUUCACCCAAGAGUGUAAGUCCAAACAAUUCAUUUUUGUCUUCUGAACGAAAACUAUAACAAAAAUACCCAAUUAGCAACAGCAAAACUAAUUCACUCAAAAGCAUGCUCUAACCCUAUAAAAUUAGGUCGCCAUCAGACAAAGAAAAUCAUCACAGUUUUUUAAGCAACAGAAGCCAAUUAAAUAAGCUUCCUCUCUUAACUGAAUAAUUUCUUAAGUUAUACAAUUUAACAAGAAAUGAACAAAGCGAAUUGAAUGGAAUAAAAUAAGUAUAAAUUUUAUCAUUAUUUCUCAGGUUUAUUAUUAUAAAUAACCGAAAUGUCUUGUUGACUAACCAAAUGGAGAUUAUUCCUAUAACAUUAAGGAUCACAUAAGAUAUUAAUAUGAAAUUGUGAGUCUUUUAGGUCAAGGCAGUUUUGGUUAAGUAUUUUAAGUAUUGGAUCAUAAAACUUAAUAAUUGUAUGCUCUAAAAGUAAUCAAGAAUCAAGAAAAAUUGAGAAAGCAAGCAAUCAUUGAGGCCAACAUACUUUAAUAUAUCAAAGAUCAUGAUACGGAUCAACUUUCAAAUAUAGUUAAAAAUAUAGAGUAGUUUACAUUCAGAGGACAUCAAUGCAUAGUAUUUGAGAAAUUAGAGUAGAAUUUGUUUGAAUUGAUAUAGAAAUAGAAAUUCAAAGGAAUUGAUCAUGAAUUAGCAAGAAAAAUUGGUAUUCAACUGUUGAAUUCACUUAAUUUCUUAAAUAAGCAUAAGAUUAUCCAUUGCGACAUCAAACCUGAGAAUGUUAUGUUGUUAGAUAAUUCAAAAAGUGGAAUCAAGCUUGUUGAUUUUGGUUCAGGUUGUUUCGUUGGUUAAUAGAUAUACACAUACAUACAAAGUAGAUACUAUAGAGCACCAGAAGUAAUAUUUGGAUUGAAAUAUGGUAUUGAAAUUGAUAUGUGGAGUUUUGCUUGUUUAAUCUCGGAAUUGUACAUCGGAACUCCGAUAUUCCCAGGAGAAGACGAGAUUGAAUAGAUUAAUUUGAUUAUUGAAAUUAUUGGAGCACCUUCUGUAGAUUUUGCACUAAGAUGUCCAAGAAGGAAGUAUUUCUUUGAUGAAGAUGGACAUCCAAAGAAAAACAUUAAAUCCUACAGAAAACCAAAUUCUGUUAGUCUCUAUGAUAAAUUAAGAACUGAGGAUUCUGAUUUAGUCGAUUUUCUUCUGAGAUGCUUUGCCUGGGAACCACAAAAUCGGUUGUAACCCUUAGAUGCACUUAAACAUCCCUGGAUAAUCGCUGGUUUACCUAAAGAGAUACAAAAAUAGCAUAAAAAAUAUAUAGAACUUGAAAAAUUGCUUCAAACGUAGAAGACUCCAUUAGUUUAACAAUUAUGUUUCUAAGGAUAAAAGUAAAAUAAAUCCAAGGAGCAUUAUUAAGAGGAUUCCCAAUUCAAAACUAAGAAGUAAAUAAAAUCCAUCCUAAAUAUCAAUACAAAUCUCAGUAAUAUAUCUGACCAAAAAGCUAGUAUUAAAUCAAUUUUAAUAUAGUAUUGAGUUGUCGCUAUCACGACAAGCCUUUACAAUCUGAAAGGUAAAGACAGAAUAUUGCCUCAUCUAUCUACAAGCUGCUAUCUGAUAAACCCAAAAGUAGGAAGCCAUCUUGUAAUUGAAAACUACUCAAU